UUGGAUUUCGGAGUUUUGAUGCAAACUGUAAUAACUUGCAAUGAGCAUUGGGAGAGAUGUUAGAUAAAGAUGCUCUUAUUUCUUGGUGCUCGCUGAAUACUCUGUUUUGAUGAUUAAUUGCCAGCCAUGUCAGGAGAAACCAGGGUCUGGAGUGAGCCGGUACAGGAGCCAGCCUGUUCGGGCACCAGUAGAUACAGGAGCCAGCGGGUACAGGAGCCUACCAGGUUCAGGCGCAAAUCGGUUCAGGAGUCAGCUGGUUCACGAGCCAGCCAGUUCUGGAGCCAGCCGCUUCAGGAGCCAGCCGCUCCAGGAGCCACCAGUUCUGAAGCCAGCCGGUCCCGGAGCCAGCCGGUUCAGGAGCCAGCCGGUUCAGGAGCCAGCCGGUUCUGGAGCCAGCCGGGUCAGAAGCCAACCGGGUCAGAUACCAAACCAACCUACCAGCACCUCGAACGGACAGUUACCACUAGUUUUGGAAGAUGCUUCAGAUCGAAACCAAGUUCCGAUCCUACCACAGUUUGGUAAACUGUUUUGAACAGAAUGAAUGUUCGUAAUGAGAUACCAACCUAACUUGGCUAAAUAACUCAGUGUGUGACAAAUUGGGAUUAACAUUUGACUUUGAACCACAGACUUACUCAGAUGAAAAUCAAUAAUUGUAAAGAAUGCUAUUUAUUAGAAUCAGAAGUGAACAGUCACCAAAGAUCUACAUUUAGAAAUUUUGACUUUCGACUGCCCAACCUGAAGUAAGCACUGAGAAGUACCUCUUAAUACAUAUAAUCUAUUGAAAAUUGCCUGAGAUUAUAGCAAGUAGAAGAACUGAAUUUUGUUAACAGACAUUCGUUGCUUUGGCCUUGUUGACAUAUUUAGAACCUACUGAGAAAGAACCUGUGCUCAUGUGGCCACAUCCCAGUAAAUUUGCGCAAAAUUUACCUGAUUUUGUCCACUUAGGCUUUCAUAAUGCUCUUUAAGGUUUAGCGAUAAAGAAAAAAAUAUUCUAGAGAAAUAUUUUACACGUCAUCUCUUUGGAACUCUAAUCUUGGAGAUCAAAAAUUUAUGUCAGUCACAUUUCCAGUUGUCCGGGUGACGAGGUUUCUUUGGUUCAACAUUUUGUGGUUCAACAACAACAACUACUAUUUUGAUCAAUGAUCCUUGCAAACAAAACUGCUCUUAAUGAAAGGAAGAAGUUUUCAAAGUAUUGGUGACGUGACAUUGGAACUUGGAAGAGCCUUUUCGUUUUAUAAAUAUGAAAGGAAGAUUAUGAAGUGUGUUUCUGUCAUGGUAAAUGGUGUAGAUUUAUGCGUACUGUGAGUGGAACGAUAUAAGGAGAUGUUGGGUGGCCUUGCGCAUAUUUUUAAUCGUAGACCAGAUGGAUAUUUAGACCCUGGGAUGACAGCUCCUACAGUUGGUGAGUCAUCUGAUGAAAGUGACAACGAUACCUCGUGGAGACAUACCGCCUCUUCAGAUAUUAUUGGCAGUGAAUCCGGGGUCGGAACGCCUGCAAGCGCCACCUAUAUACCCGGAACAUGCGGCCCAUUUUCUGCAUUAGUGCCAACUAUGUGGCCGCAGGACAUUCUCGCUCGUAUUCAACAGACCGAGGAUGCUGGCUCGCGCCCCGAAUGCGACUACGACGAGUUUGGCAAUUGUAUUGAAGCAGGUCAGGCCGAUGAUACACACGAUUCUGACGCAGAAACAUCUGUGACAACAGAAGACCCAACUCAGAGGCUGAAAUGGAUUGCACAUUUAGAAUUUACGCAGAACCAUAUAGCAGGGGAUUUGAGUUGGGAUAAGGUUGGAUUAUUGCCAAAAUCAGACAAGCUGAGAGAACUCGUAUAUGCUGGAAUACCACACAGUAUGAGAAUGCAUGUAUGGCCAAGAAUAUCUGGUGCACUGGCAAAAAAGUUGGAGAGCAAAAUUAGUUAUAAGAAAAUAUUAAGGAAGUGCGACAAUGAUGACUCAUCUUGUGUUCACCAAAUUGAAAAGGACUUGUGCAGGACAAUGCCUUCGAAUGCUUGUUUUCAAACCGCUGAUGCCAUUGGUAUUCCAAAGCUGAAGCGAAUUCUGAUUGCGAUUGCAGGCCUCUAUCCUGAUAUUGGUUAUUGUCAGGGUCUUGGAAUGAUUGUUGGAUCUUUGUUGCUGUUCCUUGACGAAGAAGAUGUUUUUUGGAUGAUGAGAACCAUAAUCGAAGAUUUACUUCCAUGCUCGUAUUUCUCAACAACUCUUCUGGGUGUUCAGGCAGACCAAAGAGUUUUGCGUCAGCUCAUCGUUAGCUACUUGCCAAAUUUGGAUGGUCUUCUCAGGGAGCACGACAUCGAGCUAUCUCUCAUCACAUUGCAUUGGUUUCUAACAAUGAUGUCCAGUGUCUUACCACUUCGGGUGUUGCUCCGUGUUUGGGACAUUUUCUUUUACGAUGGUUCCAUUACAAUUUUUCGAGUCACUCUUGGUAUGUUGAAAAUAAAGGAGCCGACGCUGCUUACACUUGAAAAUUCUGCGCAGAUUUUCAAUGCCCUCUCGGAUCUUCCAGGUGAAAUGAUCGAGCCCAAAGAGCUUAUUCAGGCUGCCGUAAAGACAUCAGCAUCGUUAACAGAUGUUAUACUGGACGCUCAUCGAAAAAAGCAUCUGGCAUUUCUCGUUACAGAGCUUGGCAAGUCAAAAGAAUCCUUUCUGGAUGCUGCAAACUCAGUGAAGACACUGCACAAGUUUGGGAUAUCUGGAGCAACUUCUUGGCUCAGUCUUCUCUAUCGAUAUGGUCCUGUGAUGAUUGCAACCCAAUUUUGUGGCUCUCAUCUUGGUGUAGACUCGAGUGUUGCUGCGAAAGCCAAGAACAUAAAGAAAACAGAAAUGAUAUCGGACUUACGAGAAUCAAUCAUGCUUAUAGCGAAACAUUUUAAGAGCAAUCAAACGAAGAAGAGCUUGGGAAUUGACUAUUCACUGGACAGCCACGCCAAAGAUUAUGAAAAUUAUAUUAAGGUUGCCAGGAGUAAACUUCGUCGUGCAAAGGCAAUUGUUGAUUUUGAACGACAUGAAGAUGACGAACUUGGAUUUCGAAAACAUGAUAUUAUUACAAUUAUUUCUCAGAAGGAUGAUCAUUGCUGGAUUGGCGAGUUAAAUGGUUUGAGAGGGUGGUUUCCUGCAAAGUUUGUGCGACCAUUAGACGAAAGAAGCAAAGAGUACUCCAUGGCUGGUGAUGAUACUGUCACGGAAGCUGUCACAGAUCUUGUCCGUGGACACUUGUGCACAGCUCUCCGAGCGAUAUUUAAGAAUGGAUUCCGAAAAUACAAUAUGGUUGGAGGAAAUUACCACCCUUGGAUGUUUAUCGAAGAGGCUAGCAACAUAGAGGUGCAAAGAGAUUUUAGCUCAGUGUAUUCUCGAUUAGUGUUAUGCAAGACAUACAGGCUUGAUGAGGAUGGCAAAGUUUUGUCACCGGAGGAGCUGUUAUACAGGGCCGUUCAAGCAAUUAAUUCAAGUCACGAUGCAGCCAAGGUAUCAAUGGACGUAAAAUUUCGCUCCUUUGUUUGCUAUGGACUGAAUGAGCAGGUGCUGCAUCUUUGGUUUGAGGUGCUUUGUUCUUCAGAAGAAGUCCUCGCAAAAUGGUACCACCCUCAUUCAUUUUUAAGAAGUCCCGCCUGGAUUCAAAUAAAAUGCGAACUAAGGUGCUUAGCCCAAUUUUCCUUGCGGCUUUCGGUUGACUGGGAAAUUUCAACUGAAGUAGACACCUCCGUGGACAUGAAAGAAGAUGUUCAAGACAUGUUGGUGAAACAUCAUCUUUUCAGUUGGGAUAUUUAACAAUUUAAGUGCAUGCAUUUUUUGGCUUUAAACAUACAAAUUUGUUAAAUACAACACGAUAUUUUUUGUAAAUCAAAAUGUAGUUAAAAAUAUCUCAUCAAUGUUUAACAAAUUGGAUGGAGUUGAAGACGAAAUGGUAGCUUCAUCGAAGUUGGUUUCAACCUAUAAAAGUCUUAUUUUUAUGAUGGGGAAUAAGUUGUUGCCGAAUCAUUCUUAUAAAACUCUCAGCAUUUACUGAAGCCUUAAGAUCAUAUCUUAAAUUUCACAUCUAUGCAUUCCAACAGUAUGAACAACAUAAGCAAGCUUGUAGCCAGAAUUCACAUUUAAAAACGAAUGCAAUAAAUCUUGAAAAUGGCUUUGAAAAAAGCAACAUUUCACAACAUACUACUGAAAGAUUUUUCGUCUGACACUCUUCAGAGUAUAAAACGCAUAAAGACAGUAGCUUAACAAGGUCAUUUACGACGAAAAAGCUUUUAAAAGUGUAUUGUGAAAUGUUUGCCUUUUCCAAAGGCAUUUUCAAGUUCUGUACCGCCAAAAAUCGUUCGCAAUAAAUCUUCUGUAGUAUCAGCAUGAUCGACCUGGUAUGCACGACAGAUGACAAUGUACUGAAUUAUAUUUAAUCAGGUUUUAAAUUCGCUAAAGAAUUCAAUAGACAGUGAAAUUUCUAUUUCAUUCUACCCGGAAACUUUCUGACCUUGUCUUUGGUAGUUAAAUCAUAAUUGUCAAAUAACUCGAAGCUUUUUGAUUUUUGAAUUUGGAGGUUUUGAAUUUGGAGGUAUGUUUUCAGAUAAUAGAAUUUGUUUACAUUGUUGUAAAUUAGAAUCAUUAGAUAGAUUUUGCUUGAAUUGUUUUCGGUUGCAUACCAUAGGUGCCCAAAUCUUAUUUUCAUCGGGAAAUUUAGCAAAUCCAUACCUGUAUUUUACAGCAAAAUAUUUGUUCAUGUCAAACUAUUUUGAUUGCAUUCAAAUGAGGAUUAUAUGGUGAAUCAGAAAUUUCUGUAUAUAA